GAAAUUUUUAUGUUGACUCAGCAGUCCUGUCCGUCCUGUCAUAGACGAAAAAGUUGAAAGCGAAGGUACGCUAGUGUGGAGAUGUAUUUAUUGCGAGCUGUGUAUGAACGUUGACAUUGGUUAGCUUGCUUGUGUAUCUUGAUAUUCAGUAAUGGCAUCGAACCUUCACGAAGUGAAUAAUUGCACUGAAGGUUUUAAUGACCCUGGGCAAAUAGAGAUGGGUGUAACUCAUGAGCAGCGGUCAGAAUGCAAGUCCCACCAAUCGACCACCAGUAGCUGCAGCGAACAAGUUUUUGUAGAAGAUUUCGAAUAUGUGCAUUCCUCCUGUUACAUAUGCAAUGGUUUCUAUGGCCCUUGCUUUGAAGAACCAGUUUGUGCAACAUGCCAUGCAUUUUUAUUUCCUGAAGACAUGAGUCACUCAGAAGCCAUUGCCAUUUUUAGUGAGAAGACAGAUGAUGGAGACUUAUUGCUGGCCGUGUUUUCAUAUCUUGAUGACGUAUCACUGUGGAUUGUUGGCAAUGUGUGUAAACGCUGGCGACAUCUGCUUCAUACUCACGUAGCUGGAGAACAGUGGCGGAAUUACACGAUGCAACGCUGGCCUCUUUUCAAACCUCUCUGUGCAGUUCAGGAUUGGUUCAAAAUAUACACAGAACUGAUUGACAGUUGUCCAUGUAAGGCUUGUUUACGGCAGAUGGCUCUACAGUCACAGCCUCCUGGAGAAGAGAACUCUUGGAGGAGGAACCGUCUUAGAAAUGAACUUAAAAGUCUGCGUACAGAUCCACCUGAAGGAAUAGAAGCUGCCCCUCUGGAUCAGAAGUGUUGCCACUGGCAAGCAACCAUAACUGGUCCUGUUGGCAGCCCUUAUGAGGGUGGGCUGUUUUAUCUGUACCUGCAAAUUCCAUAUAGCUACCCCAUGUGUCCACCUAUAGUGCGUUUCCUGACACGCAUCUUCCACCCAAAUGUGUCUCGACAUGGGCAUGUUGGCAUUGACUCGAUACAGCACAACUGGAGCCUGGCACUUACCAUAUCGAAAGUUCUCAUCUCUGUGCAGAGUCUGCUGACUGAUCCAUACUGUCAGGUCUGUAUGGAACCAGCUGUUGGAGCUCUGUACAUGAAGGACCGUUCUACAUUUGAAGACAUCGCUCGUUCAUGGACGUGGCGGUAUGCUAUGCAUGAUGCUAUCAGUCCUGUCUGAAGUCUGUUUGUAACAAAAAUGUUUCUGAGAAAAAUAAAUAUUCUUUCCUUAUAUUUA